AUGGCUGGAACAGAGGAGGAUAACUCCGUUUCUCAAUUUAUAUCGACGUUAAUACCAACUUUCGUAGUUGCUGCAAUUUUCUAUUUGACUUUUGUUAAUAUUAGAAAGAAACAACAAAGAGUUUAUGAACCAAGAAAUGUGGUCGAAACUGUAUCGCAAGACUUGAAGCCUGGCGAAUCCCCAGCUGGGUUUUUUGGAUGGGUGUCCUUUUUAUUGCACAAGCCAGAAACAUAUAUUAUUCAACAGGCCGGUGUUGAUGGCUACUUUUUUAUAAGAUUUCUUUUCGAAUUUGCGGCCAUUUGUUUGAUGGGAUGCUGUAUUUUAUGGCCAAUUUUGUUCCCUGUCAAUGCAACCGGCGGAAAUAAUCAAGAAGGGUUGAAUACUAUAUCAUAUGCCAAUGUUAGGGAUAAGAAUAGAUUCUUCGCUCAGAUUUUCUUGAGUUGGAUCUUCUUUGGUGCUGUAUUGUUUUUGAUUUACCGUGAAUUGGUCUACUAUACCACUUUUAGACAUGCUCUUCAAACCACUCCUUUAUACGAUUCAUUGUUAUCUUCUAGAACCAUGUUAUUAACUGAAAUUCCCGAAAACUUAUUAAAGGAAACUGAGUUGAGAGGUUUCUUCCCUACUGCCACUAAUGUGUGGUACGCUCGUGAUUACGCUGAAUUAACUAAAAAAAUCAAGGAAAGAAGUAAGCUUACUAACAAGUAUGAAGGUACUUUGAACAAGACAAUUUCGAAGGCUAUCAAAAUCAGAAAUAAGGCAUUGAAAAAGAACAAGGAACCUCCUUUACCAGCUGAUGAUUUAGACAAAUACAUGAAGGAUGGUAAGAAAAGACCAAGCCAUAAGUUAAAAUUUUUAAUCGGUAAGAAGGUUGAUACAUUGAACUAUUGUCCUGAAAGAUUAGGAGAAUUAAACACUGAAAUUAAAAAAGAUCAGGCUCAACAUAAUGCUAAUACUCAAAUUCCUUCAGUUUUCAUUGAAUUCCCAACGCAAUUAGAAUUACAAAAGGCUUACCAAGCCAUUCCUUAUAACAAGGAAUUAGGAAGCCCUAAGCGAUUUACAGGUUUGACCCCAGAUGAUGUUAUUUGGGAGAAUUUAAGUUUGACACCGACAAAGAGGAGAACCAAAAAGAUAAUUGCAUCGACUGUGUUGACUUUGACGAUUAUUUUCUGGUCCAUUCCUGUCGCUGUUGUCGGUGCUAUUUCGAAUAUUACUUUCUUGAUUAAAGUAGCUCCUUGGUUAGAAUUCAUUAAUAAUAUGCCAAGUAAGCUCAAAGGUAUUAUUACCGGUCUUUUGCCUGUUGUUGCUUUGGCUAUUUUAAUGUCAUUGGUUCCGCCAUUCAUCAAAAAGGUGGGUAAAGUGAGCGGCUGUAUGACCGUUCAACAAGUGGAGUCCUAUUGUCAAGCCUGGUUUUAUGCAUUUGAAGUUGUUCAUGUAUUUUUGGUCGUCGCUCUAUGCUCGUCUUCCAUUUCUUCUGUUCCAGAUAUCGUGGAAGAUCCAUCUUCUCUUAUGCCAUUGUUGGCGCGACAAUUACCAAAAUCCGCCAACUUCUAUAUUGCUUAUCUCUGUUUGCAGGGUUUAACUAUUUCUGCCGGUUUGUUGGUACAGAUUGUUGCAUUGAUUUUAGCGCAAUUUUUGGGUAAGAUUUUGGAUGGCACACCAAGAGCUAAAUGGAAUCGCUGGAAUACUUUGGGUCAACCAUUCUGGUCCGUAAUUUAUCCACCUUACGAAUUGUUGUGUGUCAUUGCAUUCGCAUACUCCAUUCUUGCUCCACUAGUGUUAGGAUUUACCUUCGUUACCUUCGUCUUCAUUUAUUGUGCUUACAUGUAUUUAUUAGUUCAUGUCUUACAACCAAACAAGACAGAUGCUCGUGGUAGAAACUAUCCAAGUGCAUUAUUACAAUUAUUUGUUGGACUCUAUUUAGCUGAAAUUUGUCUUACUGCAAUGUUUGUUUUCGGUAAGAAUUGGGCUGCUGUCGCUUUAGAAGGUAUUAUGAUUGGGGUUACUGCUCUUUGCCAUAUCUACUAUAAAUGGAAGUUCUUACCAUUAUGGGAUAUUGUUCCUGUAUCUGCUAUUAGACAUGCUGCUGGUGAUGCGACGUACCAGUAUCCAAUGCACGAUCAAGGCCUUAAGGAAAUUAAGAUCGAAGGUGAAAACUACUGGAAAGGUGGAAAUCAAUUGGGCUUAACAGGUGACCACGAUCAACAAGUGUUACCUAACAUUCAUGAAAAGGAUGCCUACUUGGUAGCUGGUUCUGAUUCUCUUAGCAAUGACGGUACUUAUACCCAGUCCAAGAUAACUACCAAUUCGACGCAACCAACUAACAGAAAUAAUGCUCUUGACGAAGAAACAUUUGAAGGCUCUGGAAUAAGGAGUAAUAUUCCUUCUUCCAAACCAAAGGGUUCUAAGUUUGCAAGAUUCUUCAAGCCUAAGUUACAAUCAUUUGACUUUGUUAGAGAUAACAUGCCUGAACCAUAUUUCAACUACAUUGAGUACAACCCCGGUUUCCUCAGAAACGCUUAUGACGAUCCCGUUGUCAAAGACGAAGAACCACAUAUCUGGAUCGCAAGAGACGAAAUGGGAUUAUCUGAAAUUGAAAAGAAUAAGGCUUUGGAAAAAGGUGUCGAUGUUUCUGAUGAUAAUGCUAUUUACAAUGAAGAGGGCACUCUUAUCUACACUGGAGCUCCACCUUCGUAUGAAGAAGCUUUGAAGGUAUAA